UUGAAAGUGGUCGCAGUUUACCAAGAAGCUCACAACAUUAAUCUCCUAAAAAUAUGUAUUUCGGCUUUUGAUGUGAUUUAUUUCAAGUUCUGUACCAAGACAUUUUCGGAAUGACAUAAUUUGGUAUGUGUCGAUCGUUGCUGACAUCUUUGAGAAAAGACAGUUACAGCUCCAUUGGCUUACCUAACCUUUCCUGUGGUGCAAUACAGUCCAACCAUGGAUAAGAUUUUGGAAGCGCUGGUCAGCUCCUCCCAUCCUCUGACUGUCAAACGGGCUAUUGUGAAAAAAGUGAUGGAGGCUGCAGAAAAGGAAGUGACCGAGGAGCAGUGCCAGGCCUUGUACCAUCUCACCACCCGCCUUAUUCUCCUGGGCGAGGAUGCUUUUCAGCGACAGGUUGGCCUCCAAGUGCAAGAAGCGUACGCGCGUUACCAUCGCGAAGAGUUUGCCCGCUUCUUCAGUAAGGAAUACGUGCUUGGUCUCCUACAGCAGGGCUAUGGCUCUCUGGACCACAGAGACCCUGCCAUCUUGGACUUUCUUCACGGUUCCCUCCGACUGCUCAUCAGCUGCCCGGCUGUGUUGGAGUUGGCACCGCUGCUACAGACGGAGGUCCUACGCAUCAUCUGUGAACGGCCAGAACCAGCAACUUGUGCCAAGCUGGCCACCAUACUGAUGGACUUCCCUCAGUGCGUCCCACGAGAGAAGGCUGGAGUUCUGUUCUGCCAGCAGCUUGUGCGCACCUUUGCGUAUUUCAACUGUCCUGUCACUGAAGAGCGGGAGUUGAGGGAGUAUGUGACCCAGGUGACCAGGGUGAGUGUGAUGCUGCAGGGCAUCUGGAAAGCUGAGCCGGCCACGCUGUUACCGUCACUGCAGGAGGUGUUUGCCGUCAUCUCAUCCACAGACCCUUCAUUUGAACCCUCCAUUGCUCUAGCAAGCCUGGUCCAGCACAUCCCUCUGCAAAUGAUCACAGUCCUCAUCAAAAGCCUCACCACUGACCAGAAUGUUAAAGAUGCCAGUAUGACACAAGCACUCUGCAGGAUGAUUGACUGGUUGUCCUGGCCUCUAGCCAAUCAUGUGGACACCUGGGUCAUUGCUUUAUUAAAGGGACUUGCUGCUGUUCAAAAGUUCACCAUCCUCAUAGAUGUCACACUGCUCAAAAUCGAACAGGUCUUUAAUCGUCUCUGGUAUCCCAUUGUGAGGCAGGGAGCGCUGGUGGUACUUUCACACAUGCUGCUUAGUUUCCAGCACUCUCCUGAAGCCUUCCACUUAAUGGUUCCUCAUAUAGUUCCACUUGUAAAGUCUUUGAAGAACGAUGGCCUUCCCAACAGCAAAACCUUCCUGCUGCAGUUUGCAGAACUCAUCCACUGCAUGAUGUACCAAUAUUCUGGCUUCCCAGACCUCUAUGACAGCAUUCUUGAAUCCAUUAAAGAACUACCUAAACCUAAUGAGGAGAAGAUCAAAUUUGUUCUGAACCAAAGUGCCUGGACCUCUCAGUCAAAUUCAUUUGCCUCAGGCCUGCUUAAGAUCACAGGAAAAUCAGAAACGGGAAAGACGGGACUUGUGAAUCUGGGCAACACGUGCUACAUGAACAGCAUCAUCCAAAUUUUAUUUAUGGCUACUGAUUUCAGACGGCAUGUUAUGUCUCUGCAUUUAAAUGGUAGCAACACCCUCAUGAAGAAGCUCCAGCUUCUUUUUGCCUUCUUGGCCCACACACAGAGAGCAGCAUAUUCUCCACGGAGUUUUUUGGAGGGUUCUCGGCCGCCGUGGUUUACAGCUGGAUCCCAGCAAGACUGCUCAGAGUAUUUGCGCUUUCUGCUGGACAGGUUGCAUGAAGAAGAGAAGACUCUCUCAGCAUUUCAGGUGACCAGCCCAAAACCUGAACCUGCAACCACUUCUGCUGAAACUCUAAACAAUGCUGUAAGUCAGCCAGUCGCUGAUAUGCCAUCGCAUCCAGAUCCUGUGGCAGCCAACGGAGAUGGUCGCACUCUAGUGGAGCGUAUGUUUGGUGGUCGACUCUCUACAGCCAUCCGCUGCCUGCAGUGUCACAGCCUGUCAGAAAAAGAGGAGCCAUUUACAGACCUCUCUCUUGCAUUCUGCCCCUCGAUGUCCAAGUGCCACGGUCCCAUCGAUGAGCACAAAAGCUCCUCCUCUGUGGGACCCUGCCAAGGGGCGGUGAAUGGAGGCAGUGAAUCCUCGGAGGGCUCAGUAAAAGAAGGUGCAGGAACCAGGAUGGAGAAGCCGGUGGUGGAGCCCACACUGUCUGUACCAGAUUUGGUCGACUACUUCCUAGCUCCAGAAAUCCUAGAGAACGAGAACUGCUACUUCUGUGAGCGCUGCGCCUCACUGCAGAGGGCCGAGAAGGUCAUGCGGGUGGUGGCGGCACCGGAGUACCUCAUUCUGACUCUGCUGCGCUUCUCGUACGAUGCCACCUGCCACGUCCGUCGCAAGAUCCUGGACAAUGUAGGCAUUCCGCCUCACAUGAGCCUGCCUUUACGCCAGCCCGGUAUCUCCGUUUCAUCAUCUUCCUCAACUGCAGUUACAUCUUCCUCCUCUGACUCCCCCGAGAGUGGUGAGAAUCUAGCUAAGAAGCUCAAGCCUUCUCAAAAGGAGGAUGGGAUGACGGGAAACAGAACAAAUAGUGAGUCAAAUGACAGUGAUUCGGAAAUGCUGUCAGUGCCGUAUGUUUUGAGUUCUGUUGUAGUGCAUUCUGGGAUGUCCUCUGAGAGCGGUCACUACUACUCGUAUGGAAGGAAUGGGAGUAGCACUGAUGGUUAUGUAGCUCACCCAAGUUCUAAGACCCUGGAAAGCUCCAGCCUAUCAGAGAGCUCGACAGCCUCACAGGAGGAAAUGGGAUGCGCUGACCACAAGUCCACCGACUGGUUCUUGUUUAAUGACAGCCGAGUGACUUUUACAAACUUUGAGUCAUUGCGGAACGUCACCGGUCGCUUCCCUAAGGACACAGCCUAUGUCCUGAUUUACAGGAAACAAGAGGUCAGUGGACAACCAAGCAAUUCUGGGCCAGUUGUAAAUGGCUCAAGACUGAGUGGAGAGCCGCCCCUGCAGAAGGAGCUGAUGGAUGCCAUUACCAAAGACAACAAACUCUUCCUACAGGAGCAGGAGCUGAAUGCCAGAGCUCGAGCUCUUCAAGCAACCUCUGCUUCUUGCUCAUUCCGACCCAACGGUUCUGAUGACAACGAGCCUCCUGGCAGCUGUGGGCCCUCAGGUGGGGGUGGAGGAGGCGGCUUCAAUACCAUCAGCAGACUCGUCUUCUAAGGAAGGGUCACAGACAUAGCCUCAGAGCACUGGACAGUCCCACUGACAACACCGGACUUCAAUUUUUUUUGUCCUGAUUGCCCACAAUAUGGAUAAGUGUGCCACCUCAGAACAGAUGUGUCUUAAUUUUUCUGGUUUGCAUGCUUUUCCCCUUUCCAUUGACGUUCAUUUGAAAUUAAUUGAAGCACUUUGAGUACUAUAGGUCAGAAAUGGGCAGGCAAUAAAUUUGUACAGAAUACAGUAAUAAUUACGGUCUCAUUAUGGAAUCUUAAUUGUUUCAUUUUCUAAACAAAAAUCAUUAGGCAGAGAAUGGUUUUAAAAAUUAAAGCAAAUAUUUUUGGACCAUACUAUACAGUGAACUACUUGCAUGAAUAUUUUAAUUGGAAGUUUUUCAACUUCUGGU